ACGAAGCAACAACAUUAUAAACCGUCGAAGCACCACCACCUCUGUAUAAAAGGAAAAUCCAGAUUGUUCAGGAAAGUUCUAUCCACAAACAAAACCCUAAUCUCAACCGCAGUCUAGUAUCAGAAACCAGACUACCAGAGCCAUGUCUCACUUUGGAAGAUCAGGUCCGCCGGAUAUCAAAGACACCUUUUCUUUACUCGUUCUCAACAUCACCUUCCGCACCACCGCGGAUGAUCUGUUUCCGUUUUUUGACAAAUACGGAAAGGUCGUCGAUAUCUUCAUUCCCAGAGAUCGAAGGACUGGUGAAUCGCGUGGUUUUGCAUUUGUUCGUUAUAAGUAUGCAGAUGAGGCACAAAAGGCAGUGGAUAGGCUAGACGGAAGGAUUGUUGAUGGUCGAGAAAUUACAGUUCAGUUUGCUAAAUAUGGGCCAAAUGCUGAGCGAAUCCACAAAGGAAGAAUUGUUGAAACAUUUCCAAAGUCUAGAGGCAGGUCAAGAAGUCAUAGUCCACGGCGAAGGUAUCGAGAUGAUAACAGAGACAGGGAUUACAGGAGGAGAAGUCGCAGCAGGAGCUAUGAUAGGUAUGAAAGUGACAGGUACCGUGGGAGGGAGAGAGACUAUCGACGUCGAAGCAGGAGCCACAGUGCAAGUCCUGAUUACCGCAGAGGCCGGUAUGAUGAUGGACGACGGAAUCUGAGUAGGAGUCGGUCAAUUGAUAGUGUUUCCCCCACUCGGUAUACACCUAGUCCUAAGAGAAAUUUUCCUCCUCGUGUGACCCCAUCUCCUCCUAGGGGUGGUAGUCAGGACAGACUCAGUGGGGAAGAACGAUCCCCUAGUCGAAGUAUUUCACCAAGAGGUCGGCCUGCUGGUUCACGUAGCCCAUCCCUGCACAAGUCAGAUGCUGAUGACUGAUUGUGGUGAAGGGUGCAUGGUACUCAGAUGGUGCAUCAGUAAUAGUUCUAUGUCUGAUAUGUCUAGCUCGAAGGGGUUUGGAGCCUAAAAGACUUUCUCAUUAGAAUGAUGUUAGAUUUGGCAGGAAUGAAUUUCCAAUGUUGGUUAGUUUUGAUUUGGACUCACAGCAUAGUUAAAUUACUUGGGCAUGUGGGUGUUUUGGGGACUUCAUAGUUAAGGGAUUGGUUACUUUUUUCUAGUUCUUCCCAAUUUUAUCGUUAUGUUUUAGUUUAACGUAUCAAGCAUGCUUGUUUUUUUUUUCUUUAUAGUUCAGUUUGUAGGAGUUCUGAGUUCUGACUUGUCAUGAAAUAUAUAUUGGAUUUUAUAGUUCUGUUCGUGAAAAGGCUGAUGGGCAUGUUGAUGAUGAUGAUGAUGAUGAUGAUGAUGGUGAUGAUGCUGUUUGUAAUUCAUGGAUGGAUGAUCAUCAUUUUGUGCUCUGGUUGCGAACAGCAGUUUGCUGGUUGAAUAAACAGUAUCUUAACUAAGUUUCUCUAAAUGUUCGUGUCAUUGGUAAGGUUUAUAUGGCUCAAUUCUUUCUUUUGAAAAGCCUUAUAUCCUGGGGUUUCUGAUGUUUGACCUUAUUAUAAUCCCAAAGGCCAUUGGUGCUUUUGGAAAUAUUGGUCUUGAAAGGGGUAGUUGCUGUGAUGGUGUUAAAAGGUCGGUAUUCUGAAGGCGUGUUUUUACCUGUUGCUGUUGAUGCCAAUGAGGUGGGGAUCUGUUUUGUUCAAUGACCACCCUGAUGCUGAUUUUAACCAUGAAACCUAGUUUGCUGGUCUAUACUCUGCAACCACGCUGUUGAAGAGGGUAAAAUUUCUCUGAUUAUUUUUCUUUGGGGUAUGUCAUGUUGGACUUUGCCUCAUCUAACACCUACAUUGGUAGGGUCUUUUUUUUUUUCUUUUUUUUAAUAAAUUUUGACUGAUAUUUACUGUACUGUGAGAUUUUUAUAGCACAAAGGAUUGCAGCUGUAGCUGUGAAGUGAUAGCUGAUAAUGCCCAUUCUGUCUUGUUGUAGAGUUGGGUGGGGUUCGGGUUAGUGAAUAUCCAUCUGCUGUAGUAGGCUUUUGCUACCCUUGUUGCUGGGAUCUCGGGUAUUGAUGGUGGCUGCCUGCCAAAUUCUGGUGGUGAAAUACCACCUUAUGCCCUUGAAUCUGAUUCUUGGUUGCAUUUUAUUUUUCCAGCUCAAAUGAAGUAUGUAUAUUCUCAUCUGCCUGUUCCAUCUUCAAUUUCUUUCUGGAGUUUGUUCUUCCUGUGUUGGAUUGUAACAGGCUAGAGUGCUUUGAGCUUGUGUGGAACUCUUUGUUAGCCGAACGGACAAAAUAGACAUAAUGCCUGUGCUUUUUAUA